AUGCUGCAAUCGAAGCCGCACCCUCUGGCUCAACUUUCUAGGGACGAGUUCAUUCUGGCUCGUAACUGUGUGUUGAAACAUCAUGGCCCCGAGACCUCCCUAUUCUUUCGUUCUAUCCAGCUCCAAGAACCUAAGAAGGAUGGCCUUGUGCCAUUCUUGAUCGCCGAGCACGAUGGCAGUCUUGAUGAGGCGACACCUCGGCCUGCAAGGUGUGCUGAGGUUGAAUACGACAUGAUUACUGACACGAGGGAAUACAUUCGUACAAUUGUCAAUGUCGAUAAAGCAGAGAUUGUCUCUAAAGCUAUCCUCGAGCAACAUGCGCAUCCUAAUAUUGCAAUGGUCGAGGUGGAAACGUUCCAAGACGCCUGUGUUGAAUCGCAACUAUUUAAAGACGCCAUGUCAGAGUUCACACUGCCAGAAGGCUUCGCUAUAUGCAUCGAUCCUUGGCCAUAUGGCGGGACAUUUGAAGAUGGCUACCCGUCUCACUACAUGCAGGGUCUCGUGUUUGGAAAGAAUGUGUCCCACAACAAUCCCGACUCGAAUCACUACGCCUAUCCUAUACCAAUCAUUCCGGUCAUGGAUCUAGAGACGAAGAAUAUCAUUCGUGUUGAUCGACUUGCUACAGGUAGCUCGGACGACGACUUUGAGGCUAAAGAAAGGGAUGCAUCGCCAAAGAAGUUGUUCCAGAACAGUCACGCAGCAGAGUAUGUCCCAGAACUGCUGGAUAGACCCCUUCGUGAAGGUCUGAAGCCCCUCAAUGUGACACAGCCUGAGGGUGCCUCGUUUACGAUCUCGUCGGAUGGUUUAGUCGAAUGGCAGAAAUGGCGGUUCCGUCUCGGGUUCACUCCACGAGAAGGUGCUGUUAUCCACGAUAUCUGCUACGAGAAUCGAAGUAUCUUGUAUCGUCUCAGCUACAGCGAACUCACCGUUCCAUACGGUGACCCUCGCCCGCCUUUCCACCGCAAGCAUGCUUUUGAUCUUGGAGAUGGAGGCGUCGGAAGAGCUGCCAACAAUCUCCAGCUCGGAUGCGAUUGCCUUGGAGCGAUUCACUAUGUCGACUCAUAUCUUGCUGGCCCAGAUGGUCUACCAACACCCGCAAAGUCUGUCAUAUGCUUGCACGAACAAGACAACGGCAUCCUGUGGAAACACACAAACUUUCGCACCAAUAGAGCCAUCGUCACACGCAUGAGAGAGCUCGUUGUGCAGUUCAUAGUUACAUUGGCGAACUAUGAAUACAUUUUUGCAUACAAGCUCGAUCUUGCUGGAAACAUCACCAUUGAGACUCGCGCAACUGGAGUUGUAAGCGUAGUUGGGAUAGACGAGGGUAAAACGAGUCGGUAUGGUAACGUUGUUGCGCCUGGUGUUCUCGCCCAGAACCAUCAGCAUAUUUUCUCAGUGCGGAUUGAUCCGGCUGUCGAUUCGUAUGACGCCCAGGAUGCACAAGUCGUCGUGGAGGAGAGCGUCGGAAGACCUAUUGAUCCAAAGACUAACCCAAGGGGAAACCUGUACGAAAUGGAGCGCAAGAAAGUGUCAAAGGCUUCAUGGGUAGAUGCGGAGCCACGCUUGAACCGUCUAAUCAAGCUGGAACAUGCUACGAAGCGUAACGCCAUGUCAGGGCGACAAGUGGGAUACAAGCUCAUACCACCAGCGACCCAGAUGAUUCUAGCAGAUGUGACGAGCGUAGCUGCUGCAAGAGCUCCUUUCGCUCAGCAUAAUGUCUGGUUCACAGGUUAUCGUGACGCCCUGUCGUAUGGGUAA